AAUAAACCCUAAUUUGCAGAGAGAAACACAGAGACGAAGGACUAUGUCUGGGGCUACGCCCAACUCCCAUGCUGAGGAAGACAAGAAGCCCAAUGAUCAAUCAACGGCCGCGCACAUCAGUCUGAAGGUCAAAGGCCAGGAUGGAAAUGAAGUAUUCUUUAGGAUCAAAAGAAACACUCAACUGAAGAAGCUGAUGAAUGCAUAUUGUGAUCGACAAUCUGUGGACUUGAAUUCAAUUGCCUUCUUAUUUGAUGGUCGCCGUCUUCGAGCAGAACAAACUCCUGAUGAGCUAGAAAUGGAGGAUGGGGAUGAGAUCGAUGCCAUGUUGCACCAAACUGGUGGAGCCCUGUUAACAUAGUGUGAAAAUUUGAUACAUAAGUAGAUUAGUUAAUCUGAUGUAUUUAACCUAUGGAUAUACAUUAUGGGAAUUGUGAGACAUAUCCCCAGUAGAAUUUGUUUGAAAAAUCUGCCAUGCUCUUCAGGAGUUUGGUUGGUUACAACACCUCGAAUGAAAUGUGCAAUCUUAUGUUAAUAGUUCGAUCGUUUGUU